CUUCAGCAGCUAUAUCACCUCGCAUUCUUUCUCGUAUUUGUUAGAUUUCAAGACAAAGCCAUUCUAAGGCCAUUCUACUCGGAAUACUACUAGCCGCAAUCAUUUUCCAUACCAAACCGAUAUAGCACUUCUUCUACCUACGACAAUUAUGCAGUUCUCUACGAUUCUCCCUAUUGUUUUCUGUCUGGCGGCCUCCACUUUGGCCAACCCUAUGGCGUUGCCCAAAAAAAACCACUGCGGGGAUGGAGCUGGAGCUGGACCCGGAGCAGCAACUGGAGUCGUGUCCGCGCAGGUGAAGGCCAACGUCUCUGCCCAAAUCGACAAAUGGUUGGGCGACAUUAAAAGUGUCAACACCUUCGUAGACGCCGUUGGCAGCGUCACUGAUCCGGCAGUAAUCAGCUCUAUGGCUGCCACGGCCUUCGUAGCUGCCCAGAAUGAGGGCGUCUCAAAUACAGUUCUACAGCAAGAUGUUACGCUCGAUGCGUCUGGCCUGGCCGCAGCUCAGGCGCUAAUAGGACAAUUCAACAUAAUCGGCCCAGCCAUCAACGAUACUAUCUUCAACCCGGGUAACGUCCAGAAGAACCUCGACGCGAUCAACGGUGCGAGAUGUCCUCCCCCUCAAGGCAAGGACGCCAUUUCCCAAGAAGGUGCUGUUCAGGCAGCAGCUGCCUUGGCUGUUGGUAUUACCGUUCCUCCUCCUCAGACGCCAACCGCCUGUACCACCGUCGCCGCGGCGACAAACUGAGGAUGCUGGGCUAUAUACUGUCUGUGACAGCUCGAGGGGAAGGAGGGUUGUGGGUGUUCGUGCUGGUAAUCCUGGUCCUCGUAAUCCGGGUCCUCGUAGCACCCACUGAUACAAGGGAGGAAUUCCCUCAAGACAAUGCAAUCAUUAAUAUACCCAUUAUCGCCACUGUAUAUAUUCUCUCGAGCAGCCUUUUCUUUCUCCUGUGCGGUUCUUUUUUAGCCCCG